AUGGCUUCCGCAAUUCAAAUGAUGGUGCUCAAUCAACAAGGGGAUACGCUUCUGGCAGUAACGCAAACCGGGCUGUGUUAUGUGUGGUCAGUGGAUGCAGAGGCUCUGGACGCUCUUCAGAAAGUGAUGGGAGAUGCACUUGCAUUGACGCCAGGGGCAGCAGCGAGCGCUGCUGCCGCUGCGUGGCGCGGCAGCCGCAACAGUUCGCUGUACGCAAGGAGAGACUCUUUCUUCACUUCCCCCGUCGGAGACGAGCUGCUGCAGCACGGGGUCUUCGAGGCUUCUCAGGUGUAUGUACACCUCCUGCUGAACUCCCCGUCACCCCGCUGCGUCCUUGGCGCGGAGGGGAAGGGCUUUGCCGUUCUGGGUGCAGCGAUCAGUGGCAGUGGAAGCGCCAGCACGAGCAGGAUCGGUGAUGACUUGCAAGCCGUAGAGUUUCUGCAGGACGGCAAACUUGUUGUGGCCGCUGCCUCCUGCCCCUCUGCGUAUCCUCUGGGGAUCUACGAGACGCAGAAGGGGCAUCUACUUGCAGCCUUUGCAGCCACAGCUGUCGGCAUUCCUUCCAAAUCUAGCAGCAGCACAAGCCCCUCUGGUUGCAGCGGAGUGCAAGGAGGAACUGCAGUGCUGCUUUGCAACUUCACAGCUCUUGCUCUUGAUCGCUCACGCCCCCCCCCCAGCGUGGCUAGCUCCACCCCAGCCACAGCCGUUGCUAAGGGCCGCUAUCUUGCGGCUGCGUCGGAUGUGGGUGGCUGUCUCGCCAUGGCCUUUAUAGAGGACGAAAAACUAGCAGAGCUGCAUCGACACUAUGACAGCUGUGCGAAGGAAGAGGAGCAGCAAGCAGCUGCCGGAGGACGUGCAGACGCAACACCUGCUGACCAGAGAGCCCCAGUGGUGCCUCAGAUCUUGCCGCUUCAGGCUUUCUUCAUCAACGAGAGAGCAGUCAUGGCCGUGUCGCUCGUAUGGCGUCCUCGUCGAAGGAUGCUUCCCAGCAGCAGCGUCACCAGCAUUCACUUGCUGCUAGGCUGCUCUGACGGAUUUAUAAGGGUCUGCGCCUUCGUGCCGCAGACGCUUUCAAAGCAGCAGCUGCAGCAGGACAGGCAGAUUCAAGUGAUGUUUCCGCUACUGCGGCUGAAGAGUGUCACGCUAGCGAGGAUUGCAUGCGGCAUGCAAAAUGCGAGUGUGUGCGACAUGGUGUACGUACACCUGAGCAACCGGCGUGCGGUGCUGAUUGCGAGCUGCAACGCCACUGACUUACCUGCGGAUGGCAGCGCUCCUGUAGCUGUAUCAGCACUGGCAGGGGACAGCAGCAACAGCAGCAGCAGCAACAGCAGCAGCAGCAACAGCAACAGCAAUGGGGGGGGGUUUUACGAGGUUCGAGUCGCGGAGCCUACCCAAGAGGGACUAGAGACUGUCACUGAGGUGCUGCAAAGACACGCAGACUUUAUUGUCGGUCUCGCUGCUUCUUCCACCGGAGCAACAAUCGCGUCACUCUCUGUGGAUGGUAAACUCGUGGUUCGCACCAACAGGGAUGCACUGGCUACUACCCCCCCCGCUGCCACUGCCAUCGCGUCUAACCGAACAGCGUCCAGUCAUCGGUCUGAGCAAAGCGCAGCAAGCCUUGCUGCACAACGAGGCACUCCAGCCGCAGGAGAGGCUCCAGCGCAAGCUGAAGCCUCCAUGUUGAGUGCAACUGGUGCAGAGGAAGCAGCGGCAGCAGACACUGCAGUGGCAGAACGCGAUGCGGCACUCAGUGACCUUGCAAAAACAGCCACUGCAUUAGAACCAGCUAUACAGGGUGCAGCAACUGCUUGCAUGGAAUAUUUCAAGGCUACAGAAUACGCUGUCACCGCAGCUGCAUCAGCAACACACAGUGCAUUUAAAAAUUUUUUUUCACGUUACUUGAUGGCUAUGCGGCAAGCUGGUCGCCACUGCGGCAACAAACGGCUGAAGGAACUGCUUGCUGCCAUAGAUCGCGCUGCUGCAGCAGGAGCUUCAGAUACUGCUGUUGCUGCAGCAGCACGUUCGCCGCAUACACCUGGGGCCACUGCCCGAUUUCUUGUUAGUGAACUUCUCAUGGGUCCUGUACGCGAUGCAUCUUAUAUCCCUCCAGUUGCUGCAGGUGUUGCUCUUGUUACACGGCAUUCUCUUUUUGGUACUGCAGGUGCUGCUCCAGGAACCGUUGCUACCUUUUUUGCUGCCCUUGCCCUCUCCCAUGGGCUUCCUACUGAAUCAUAA